AUGUGUGAGUCCUUGCGUGUGAUCAGCAGCAGCAGCAGCAGGCGCAGGCGCAGCAGCAGCGGCAGCAGCAGCAGCAAAGUGUCUUUGCGUCUAUUAAGGCUUGCUGCUGUGUCUCUUUGCUUGUUGUUUGCUGCUUCUCAGUCAGUAGCAGCAGAACUGGCUGAGUCCUCGCGUUUGCUGCAGCAGCAGCAGCAGAAGCUGCUGGCCCCAAAAGCUGCUGUGGCUCUUGCUGAGGAGAAUUACAAAGUGAGGACGGGAAAGCUGCUGCAGGCGCUGCAGCUCUCUGCAAAACAGACUCGCGAGGACUUUCGGCGUUUGGCGGAAGCAGCACUGCCGCACCGCUGCAGCUUGGCUUUUGACCAUCAGCAGCAGCAGCUGCGCAUGCAGACUCUGGACCGGAACCAGCAGCAAGUCAGCAGCAGCCCCACGGCGCUUUCGGGCGGGGAAAAAAGCUGCCUCCAAGUGGCCUUUUUGGCAGCUCUUGCUGCUCGCAGCUGCUCCCCUUUGCACCUUUUCGACGAAGUUGAUGUCUUCAUGGAUGAAAGAAAUAGAAUUAAAAAGUAA